AUGCUAAAGAAACUGAACAAAAUACGCAACAAGGUGAGCAAAAGAGGUGCAAAUCCUGACGAGUACAUUAAUGCCGUUAAGUCUUUAAAAAAACAAGAUGCUAAGAACAGGGAGGUAUACAACGCUGAAAUUAUUAUCCAAAGAUUGAACACAUCCAAGUCGGCAGAAGUAAAGCACAGACUGAUGCGAAAGGUACAAAACAAAAUACCCAAAUUGAGAGAGGUUGACUCCUUGUAUGCACGGUAUGUCGAGACAUUAUCGCUAUUGUACGCAGGUAAUGAGAAGGGUAGCGAGUCGAUGCGUGUUAUGUCCGAUGAAAUAUAUGAAUAUGAUGCUUUUUAUACAAAUCUGUUGGUGGUGCAAGAGCAGGGAUUGAAAAGAGAGAUAAAAGACUUUGAUAUUUUGAAAUAUGGCAUUCUGAUUAAGUUCAACACAGAAACGGAGAAAAAAUAUUUUUUGGACCAUCAGAUGCUCCGUGGUGACAGUUUUGAUGCCAAUUUGGCGAAUUAUAUGACACAACUUGACAAAAUGAAAGCAAAGGUAGAGAAAAACAUGAGAGAAAUGCGUAGCUUUCCUUUGAAAAAGACAAGUAUUGUAAAUAUGAGACGCUUUUUAGAGACAUUCUGUGUUUUUCUUGAGCAAAAUUAUGUUGAAUACGAAACCAUAAAAGCAUUAAUGAGCGAUGUUUGCCGUAUUGAGAAGUUCCUUGAUGAAAUUGUUUACAGACUUAAAUCUGGCCGUAGUAGGUGGGAUAUUGCCAAUUUUAGCUUGGAGCAUUUUUCUGAGCUGAAUCAAUACAUUGAGAGAGACCUAAAGCUUUUUGAUAGUGAAGGGUUCAAUGCAAAAGCGCAAAUUUUGGAAAAGGUUGCACAAAAUCUCGAGAAGAGGGAGAUCCUACCGUUCUUGCCUAUCUUCUACGACAUAGCGUACGAUCAUAUCCAGUUCCCAGAGAUAAAUGAUGGCAGCUCGUAAAGUAAAGUUUCAUUUUCAUACAUA